AGCUGCUAAGACCCAUCUUCCCAACCCCAGCCCAAAUGUUUGUGUUGAGAGUAAGUGGAACCCUUGAUUCCAGAACCUAGUGCGGCCAGCGCCACCUGCCCCAGGAGCCCCGGGGGCGGGGGAUGGGGAUGCGGGGUCCUGGCCGCGCAGGGGCUGCACGUGGGUGCCAAGCCCGCCCGCCGGUGCCGCCCGCCGGUGCCUCUCGCGCGCACUCUAGAUCCAGCGCCAAUUUACCCCAAUCCCGUAGCAGACGAGGGCUUGUGCGAGAGGGGGCCGGGCGGCUGCAGGGAAGGCGGAGUCCAAGGGGAAAACGAAACUGAGAGCCAGCUCUCCCGAAGCCGCGGGUCUCCGGCCGGCGGCGGCGGCGGCUGCGGCAGCGCAGGUUUCCUUCUCUGGCGGUCUUCAGAAUCAACAUCCACACUUCCGUGAUUAUCUGUGUGCAUUUUGGACAAAGCUUCUAACCAGGAUACGGGAAGAAGAAAUGGCUGGUGAUCUUUCAGCAGGUUUCUUCAUGGAGGAACUUAAUACAUACCGUCAGAAGCAGGGAGUAGUACUUAGAUAUCAAGAACUGCCUAAUUCAGGACCUCCACAUGAUAGGAGGUUUACAUUUCGAGUUAUAAUAGAUGAAAGAGAAUUUCCAGAAGCUGAAGGUAGAUCAAAGAAGGAAGCAAAAAAUGCUGCAGCCAAAUUAGCUGUUGAGAUACUUAAUAAGGAAAAGAAGGGAGUUAGUCCUUUAGUAUUGACAACAACCAGUUCUUCAGAAGGAUUAUCCAUUGGGAAUUACAUGGGCCUUAUCAAUAGAUUUGCCCAGAAGAAAAGACUAACUGUAAAUUAUGAACAGUGUGGAUGGGGGGUGCAUGGGCCAAAAGGAUUUCAUUAUAAAUGCAAAAUGGGACAGAAAGAAUAUAGUAUUGCUACAGGUUCUACUAAACAGGAAGCAAAACAAUUGGCCGCUAAACUUGCAUAUGUUCAGAUAUUAUCAGAAGACACCUCAGUGAAAUCUGACUCCAUGUCCUCUGAUUCUUUUGCUGCUACUUGUGACUCCCAAAGCAGCUCUUUAGUGACCAGCACACUUGCUUCUGCAUCAUCAUCUGAAGGUGACUUCUCAGCAGAUACAUCAGAGAUAAAUUCUAACAGUGACAGUUUAAACAAUUCUUCGUUGCUUAUGAAUGGUCUCAGAAAUAAUCAAAGGAAGGCAAAAAGAUCUUUGGCACCUACAUUUGACCCUCCUGACAUGAAAGGAACAAAGUAUACUAUGGACAAGAGGUUUGGCAUGGAUUUUAAAGAAAUAGAAUUAAUUGGCUCGGGUGGAUUUGGCCAAGUUUUCAAAGCAGAACACAGAAUUGACAGAAAGACUUACGUUAUUAAACGUGUUAAAUAUAAUAGCGAGAAGGUGGAGCGUGAAGUAAAAGCAUUGGCAAAACUUGAUCAUGUAAAUAUUGUUAAGUACAAUGGCUGUUGGGAUGGAUUUGAUUAUGAUCCUGAGACCAGUUCUUAUGAUCCUGAGAGCGAUGAUUAUGAUCCUGAGAACAGCAAAAAUAGUUCAAGGUCAAAGACUAAGUGCCUUUUCAUCCAAAUGGAAUUCUGUGAUAAAGGGACAUUGGAGCAAUGGAUUGACAAUAGAAGAGGCAAGAAACUAGACAAAGUUUUGGCUUUGGAAUUCUUUGAACAAAUAACAAAAGGGGUGGAUUAUAUACAUUCAAAAAAAUUAAUUCAUAGAGAUCUUAAGCCAAGUAAUAUAUUCUUAGUAGAUACAAAACAAAUAAAGAUUGGAGACUUUGGACUUGUAACAUCUCUGAAAACUGAUGGAAAGCGAUCAAGGAAUACAGGAACUUUGCGAUACAUGAGCCCAGAACAGAUUUCUUUGCAAGACUAUGGAAAGGAAGUGGACCUCUACGCUUUGGGGCUAAUUCUUGCUGAACUUCUUCAUGUAUGUGACACUGCUUAUGAAACAGCAAAGUUUUUCACAGACCUACGGGAUGGCAUCAUCUCAGAUGUAUUUGAUAAAAAAGAAAAAACUCUUCUGCAGAAAUUACUCUCAAAGAAACCUGAGGACCGACCUAACACAUCUGAAAUACUAAGCACCUUGACUGUGUGGAAGAAAAGCCCAGAGAAAAAUGAACGACACACACGUUAGAGCCCUUCUGAAAAAGUAUCCUGCUUCUGAUAUGCAGUUUUCCUUAAAUUAUCUAAAAUCUGCUAGGGAAUAUCAAUAGAUAUUUACCUUUUAUUUUAAUGUUUCCUUUAAUUUUUUACUAUUUUUACUAAUCUUUCUGCAGAAACAGAAAGGUUUUCUUCUUUUUGCUUCAAAAACAUUCUUACAUUUUACUUUUUCCUGGCUCAUCUCUUUAUUUAUUUAUUUUUAAGACAGAGUCUUGCUCUGUUGCCCAGGCUGGAGUGCAAUGACGCAAUCUUGGCUCACUGCAACUUCUGCCUCUUGGGUUCAAGUGAUUCUCCUGCCUCAGCCUUCCGAGUAGCUGGAUUACAGGCAUGUGCCACCCACCCAACUAAUUUUUGUAUUUUUAGGAGAGACAGGGUUUCACCAUGUUGGCCAGGCUGGUCUCAAACUCCUGACCUCAAGUAAUCCGCCUGCCUCGGCCUCCCAAAGUGCUGGGAUUAUAGGGAUGAGCCACCGUGCCCAGCCUCAUCUCUUUGUUCUAAAGAUGGAAAAACCGCCCCCAAAUUUUCUUUUUCUACUACUAAUGAAUCAAUCAAUUCAUACCUAUUUAUUAAAUUUCUACUGCUUUUAGGCCAAAAAAAUAUAAGAUUGUUCUCUGCCUCACAUAGCUUACAAGCCAGUUGGAGAAAUAUGAUACUCAUAAAAAAAAAAAAAGUGAUGUACAACCACUUGGGAAAACAAUUUGGUAUUAUCUAGUAAAGUUGAAUCCAUGUAUACCCACAAAGCCAUCAAUUCUAUUCCUACAUACAUGCUUACAAGAAUGUCCAUAAAACCCUGUUUAUAAUAGCCAAAAGAACAGGGAACAACCAUAAUGCCCAUCAAAAGAAGAAUGGAUUAAAAAAAUUACAUUCACACACAGGAGUACUAUAUAGUAUUGAAAACAAUUGAAUUACAGCUAAAUGUAAUAACGUAACACAAUACAACUCUCGGGAACAUAAUGUUAAGUGAACAAAGCAGGUUUUCAGAAAAUAUAUGCAGAAUAAUUCCAUUUAUAUAAAGUUCCAGAGCAUGCAAAACUAAAUCAUUUUGUAUAAGAAACCCAACAAAUGUGAUGAGACAACAAUGGGAAGGAAGGGAAUGAGAAAUAGUAAAUUCUGGAUGGUGGUUAUCUUUGAGGGAGGGGAAUGAUGUGAUUGGGGAAAUGGACUUUCAAAGGUAAUGGUAACUUCCUUAAGCUGGAUGGUAGGUCCACUAGUGUUUGCUGCAUAGUUACACAUUUUAUCUUAAAUACAUUUUGUAUCUAUUGUAACAACUGUUUUAAAGAGAACUGUGCUGUAAGGCAGUAGCUAAAAACAGAAAAUAGUCCAUCGGGAAGGGUGAGAUGGCUUUCUGCUGAGCACAGGGCUAGAAGUGACAGCCCAGUGGGCCUUCCAAGUAUAUGCCAGGGUGUUAGAUGAGUAGAGAGGAGACCACCCAGGAAGUCUGGACAAGGGGCCUGGCAUGAGCUCUGGAGAAGAUAUAUUUGAGGAACAUUGGGUAUGUUAGUUUGUUGUCCUGAAUUACUGUAGAGAAUCUGAAAGAUAAUUUAAAUUGCAUCUUAGAAGAAGAGCCUGAGGGUUAAUUUCAACUUAGGGCAAUUGUUUUAGUUUGUUUCUUAUUGGUUUAAAUGGAUGCUUGAGGCUGGAUAAUUUAUAAGGAAAAGAGAUUUAUAUGACUUACAGUUCUGCAGGCUGUACAAGAAACAUGGCACCAGCAUCUGCUUCUGCUCCGGCUGCUUCCACUCAUGGUGAAAGGUGAAGGGGAGCCAGAUGUGCAGAGAUCAUAUGGUAAGAGACAAAGCAAGAGAGCGAGGGAGAAGGUGCCAGGCUCUUUUUUAACAACCAGCUCUUUAGGGAACUGAUAGAUUGAGAAUUCCUGGCUUCCCCUCCCCAGCACACCCCACCCCCAGGGACGGUAUUAAUCUAUUCUAAACACCUCCCAUCAGGCCCCACCUCCAACACUGGGAUCAAAUUUCAACAUGAGAUUUUGGGGGACAAACAUCCAAACUAUAGCAGCAACCAACUACCAUUUUAAAACUGCCAUGUGAUUUUAGGAUUUUAAAAAGGGGCCAAAUUUAGGUUAAGCAAAAAGUGAAAAUACAGUAAGAGAAAAUACUUUUAUAAAGGCUUUAAAAAGUGUUCAUAAAAAGCAGUUCAUACAUUUUUCACAUAAUGUUCAUCAAUAGAUGCUAAAACUAUUGGAUGAAAAGCUGUUGUGGAAUAGGAUCUUCACAAGGAUUUAAAUAUAAUCCUACAGAAGAUAUAUCAAUUAUACAGGGGAAAAUGUACCUUUACAAGGGUCACCACAAUAACCAAGUGGUUCAAUUUAGCAUCACCCAAGGUGGAACACCCUAACGUUAUGCCCCUCCUGAUGUGACUUAAGAAUUUUACCUAUUUAGUUUUCUUGCACAAAGUGUUAAACUGGAAUUUAAUCAUGAGGGAAUUAUUAGACAAAUCCUGAAUGUAGUCAUUCUAUAAGACGAUUGACUUGGGCUUCUCAAAAAGUCAGUGUCAUGAAAAAAAAAAAAAAAGAGAGAGAGACUUGUAAGACAUAAUGACCAAAUGCAGUGUUUGAAUCUUUAUUGUAUCCUGGAUAUUUAAAAAGACAAAAGCUGGACGCAGUAGCUCAUGCCUGUUAUCCCAGCAUUUUGGGAGGUCAAAAUGGGAGGAUGGCUUGAGCAUAGGAUUUCGAGACUAGCCUGGGCAACACAGUGAGUUCUCAUCUCUACAAAAAAUCAGAAAAUUAGCUGGGCAUGGUAGUAUGCAUCUGUGGUCCCAGCUACUUGGGAGGGUGAGGUGGGAGGAUCACUUGAGCCUAGGAGGUCAAGGCUGCAGUGAGCCAUGAUCAUGUCACUGCAUUCCAGCCUGGGUGACAGAGUGAGAUCCUAUCUGAAUAAUAAUAAUAAAAAAAGAAAACAACAACCCAGCAAACAGCUAUAAAUAUAUCUUUGGGACAAUUGAGAACAUUCGAAUAUAGACUACAUAUUAGAUAACAAUGCCAAAUAACUGUUUUCUCAGGUGUGAUAAUAGUAUAUGUAGAAAAUGUUUUCUUGUUUUGCUUUGUUUUGUUUUUGUUUGUUUGUUUUGAAACAGAGUCUCACUCUGUUGCCCAGGCUGGAGUGCAGUGGCAUGAUCUCGGCUCCCUGCAACCUCUGCCUCCUGGGUUCAAGUGCUUCUCCUGCCUCUGCUUCCUGAGUAGCUGGGAUUACAGGUGUCUGCCACCACUCCAGGUUAAUUUUUUCUAUUUUUAGUAGAGAUGAAAUUUCACCAUGUUGACCCAGCUGGUUUUGAACUCCUGACCUCAGGUAAUUCACUUGCCUUGGCCUCCUAAAGUGCUGAGAUUACAGGCAUGAGUCACCGCGCCUGGCCAAAAAUGUUUAUUUUUAGGCAAUGCAUGCACAAAUAUUUAGAGGCCAAGUGCGUCAUGAUGUCUGCAACUUUCAAUGUUCAGCAAAAAUCAACAUGGAGAGAGAAAGAGGGCACACGUGGCAAAAUAUUAGCCAUUGAACAAUUGGUAAAUCUAAACGACAGCACACAGGUGUUUGUUGUAUUAUUCUUUGAACUUUUCUGUAGAUUUGGAAAUGUUCUGCAUAGAGAGAAAUCUUUUUUUAAAAAAACAAUAUCUGGUUUUGAUUAAUGAGGCUGUAUUCAAAAGAAACACUAAAUGAUGUGGCCAUUUAGUGAGAAUGUGGCCUUAUCUUUACCUGACCUCAUUUUAAUAUUCCUACUCUGGCUGGGCAUGGUGGCUCACGCCUGUAAUCCCAGCACUCUGGGAGGCUGAGACGGGUGGAUCACCUGAGGUCAGGAGUUCGAGACCAGCCUGGCCAACAUGGUGAAACCCCAUCUGUACUAAAAAUACAAAAAUUAGCUGGGUGUGGUGGCAGGCGCCUAUAAUCCCAGCUACUCAGGAGGCCGCAGCAGGAGAAUCACUUGAACCCAGGAGCUGGAGGUUGCAGUGAGCCGAGAUCAUGCCAUUGCACUCCAGCCUGGGUGACAAGAGCAAAACUCAGUCUCAAAAAAAAAAAAGAAAAAAAAAGAUAUAUAUAUUCCUACUCUUAUGAAAUGAAUAUAGCAUUUCUUAGCAACUUCUAUUUAUUUGUGAGUAUAUAUUUUCUUGGCCUCAAAAUUAAAGUAAAAAGUAUCCUCUUACUCAGAGGAGGACAGGGGCAAGAGCCUGGGACCUUAUUUGCUAAUUAAAAUGCACACAUACACACACACACACACACACACACACACACACACACAGAAAUUUUGAGAGCCAUUUUAAUAUAACUGCCUCCCUAGAAACAUACCUUUUAGGGAAUUUUUAUCACUAAACCACAUAUUAUUUAAAUAUGUACGUGUUUAACAUAAAGACAUACAUAAAAUUCACAUGCAUACUUAACACUUAUGUUAAAUAUAUUCAAUGUAUAUACAUAUGUACACAAUAUAUGCAUAUAUACAUGUGGGUAUGUGGUAUGUGUGCAUGUGUGUGUAUGGCCAGCUACAUAAUUUGUGGGACUAAGGGCAAAAUGAAACUGUAGGGCCCUCGUUCAAAAAUUAGGUGUGGGGUGCUUCUAAGCACAGUCUUGUGCAACUGCACAGGUUGCAUGUCCAUGAAGCCAUCCUGUGUGUGUGCAUAUAUGUGUAUGAAUAUAUAUUUUAUAUAAUAUAUAUGCAUGUAUGUAUCUGAGAAGAAAUGUUUAAAAGACUACAUACAAGCUUUUCCAGGUCUCUACUAUCUGUUAACUAACUAGAGACAUAACUCACAACAUCCAGUCCCCACAGAGUGUUCACCAUAAUUUGAGAUUCUUGGCAUGUUAACUUUUCAUUAUGGAAUAUUGAAUAAUUUCAAUAUUAUUCAUACUUAAAUUUUUUUUAUGUUCAAACAUUCACAAAAAUAGAAUAAUGAAACUCUACCCAUCACCCAGCUUCAACAAAUAUCAAUACUUUACCAUUCUUAAUACAUCUAACCCCUUACUUUUUGUUUGUUUCUUUUGGUGAAGUAUUUAAUUGUAGUUUUUUUUUUAAGAGACAGGAUCUCACUCUGUCACCCAGGCCAGAGUACAGUGGUAUGAUCACAGCUCCUUGUAACCUCGAACUCCUAGGCUCAAGUGAUCCUCCUGCCUCAGCCGCUUGAGUAGCUGGGACUACAUGCAUACACCAACACACCCAACUAAUUUUUAAAUUUUUUGUAGAAAUAUGGUCUUGCUAUGUUUCCCAGGCUGGUCUCAAACUCCUGGCCUUGAGCGAUUCCCCUGCCUUGGUCUUCCAAACUGCUGGGAUUACAGUGUCCGGCCCUACUGGAAUAUUUUAAAGUAAAUCUCAGGUGUUACAUCACUGCACUUGUAAGUACUUUAAAAUGUAUCUCUAGCAGAUAAAGUCUUUUUAACAAAACCACAGCAUCAUUGUCACACUCAAAAAAUUCCCAAGAUUUCCUUAAUUAUCAUAUAAUAGUCUGUAUUGUUUCUAUCUCAAAAAUACAGUUUUCUUGGUUGUUGAAAUCUAGAUCCAACAUUGCAUUUGGUUGAUGUGUCUCCUUUACUCUGUAACAUUUACUCCUGCGUUUUAGUUCUUUUUGGCUUUUAUUUGUCCUGUGGAAUUUCCUCCAUUCAGGAUUUGACUGAGGGUAUCCCCAGAGUGUCCAGUUAGACCUAGACGCUGGAUUUGAUCCUGGUUCAUUUAUUUUCCCCCAAGAAUAUUCCAUAGGUGAUGCUAUACACUUUCUCUUGCAUCAUUUCAGGAGGAACAUGACAUCUGAUUGUUCCACUUUCAGUGAUUUUAAUAUUGAUCAGUGGGUUCUGGUGGUACCACCUACUCCAAAGUUUCUCAUCAAUCUUUCACCUGAUGGUUUUAGCAGCUAUUGAUGAUUGUUGCCUGGAUCCAUUAUUUCAUUUCAGGGGUUGUAAAAUAGUGAUUUUCUGGUUCUAUCAAACCUCUUGCAUUUAUCAUCUAUGAUUCUUCUUUAAGGAACUUUCUCUAAAUCUGAAUGGGAAAGAUGGGAUAAAUAUUUAUCAAAUUUUAGAGUGAGUUAGUGCCCUAGCAACCUCCAAAGUUGACAAAUGAGUAUUUCUUUAAAGCAAGGUAUGGCCCAACCAAUACUUUGAAACCAGCAUGUUUAGAAUAGAGCAGGAAGAAACUAUAUUUGAAAGGUCAGAAAGUGGAAAGAUUAAGAGGGCCUGAACAAUAUGAGGACAGAACCAAGAGGAGUUGGCAACUAAUUGGAUGUGGGGAUUAAGGAAAGGUAAGCAUCAAAGAUUAGCUCCAAGUUUGUUAGGAAGUGAGUAGCAGGAUUCUGAUGCCAUUAAAGUAAAUACAGGUCUCAGUCAGAUGAACCCCAAGAGCCACAUGUAUUUGAGGGGUACUUUGUCUCACACUUUUACCUGUUACAUGGUUUUCAGUAAUUUAGAAUUUAAGCCAGUAGUGGGGCUACUGUACAUCUAUCAACAAGGUGCGGUAGAGCAUGUUUGGGAGGGAAGACGUUGAAUCCCAUUUGGUGACAGUGAGCUUGAGGUGCUGCCAGAACACUGCACUGAAGAUAGGAGACUGUAGGAAAUGCAAAAUAGGAAAGGUCUCCACUUAAAUGUUAACUCUUUCUCUCUAAACAGCCAUCCAGGCCUCAAUGUCUGCAGUUCUUGAUCUGUGAUUAUGACUUAUCCAAAUCUUACAUUUCUUAAAAAUAGUCAUAGAUGAAGGGAUCACAGUUGAUAGAUGUAUGGUGACAUCAUUGGCUUAAAUUCUAAAUAACUAGAAACUGUAUAAUAGGCAAAACUGUGAGGCAAAUAAAAUGCUUCUCAAAUAUGUGUGACUCUUAUGGGGUUAAUUUGAUUUGGACCUGUAUUAAUUUCUUAUGGCUGCUAUAACUAACAAAUUACCACAAACUUGGUGGUUUAAAACAACACACAUUUAUUCUCUUUCUGUUCUGGAGGCCAGAAGUCUAAAAUGAGAUUCACUGGGCUGCAGUUCACUGGGCAAGGCCAUGGUCCUCUGGAGGCUUCCAUGAUGCAUCCCAUAUUCAGUGUUUCCUGAGUAAGCCCCACCCAUGCAGGUCUGCAGUUUUACCUUAACAGGCUUUUGCACUCAGUGGCUCUCUCCUGUGGUUUCUAUCUGAAAUUCUCUUCAAUUUUUUUUUAAUAACAGCUUUAUUGAGAUAUAAUUCACAUGCCAUACAAUUCACCUCUACAAUAUACAAUUCAGUAGUGUUUACUACAUUCAGAGUUGUGCAACCAUCAUUUUUCUCACCCCCAAAGAAACCCUAUACCCAUUAGUAUUCACUCUGUUUUCUCACUCCAGGUAACCACUAAUCUGCUCUCCAUCUCCAUAGAUUCGCCCAAGCUAGACAUUUCAUAUAAAUAGAAUCAUACAUGUGGUCUUCUUCACUGAGUAUAAUGUUUUCAAGGUGCAUCCUACCUGUGGCAUGAAUCAGCAUCUCAUUCCUUUUUAUUGCCAAAUAAUAUUCUAUCAUAGGGAUAUGUCACAUUUUAUGUAUCCAUUCAUCAGCUGAUGGACAUUUGGGUUGUUUCUAUUUUUUGGCUACUAUGAAUAAUGCUACUAUGAACUUUUGUGUACAAAUCUUAUGUGGACAUGUUUUCAUUUCUCUUGGAUGUAUAUUCCUAGGAAAAUGGCUGGAUUAUACGGUAACUCUCCUCAUAACUUUGCAUAUCAAAAUUAUAUCCAUCUUUCAGAACCCAAAUUCAGUGUUAUUUCCAAAGUGUUCCAACAUCUCCCAUUCAAAGCGAAUCAUCUUCUCCCUAGUACUCCCAUUGUUUAGUACCUAAUUGUUCUUACCAGUUUGUCUUAGAGCUCAGUCAUUCCUACACAGCACUUUUCUUCAUUAUACUGCUAAUUUCAUUAUACUGUAAGAGUGGGGACAAGCUGUUCCUCUUGUAUACCACAAAGCAGUGAGUGCGCUGCUGUGAAGAAAGCAGGAACUCAAAGUUAAGGAUUUUGAAUGCUUAAGCCUAUAAAAUGUGUCUAAUAAAUAAUAAUGUUCAUUUUCAAAUUUCAACAAUUAAACGUUUAACAAAUAACACUUGAAAUAAAUGUUUGUUAGAAAAACCAA